AUGCCGGCGCGCGCGCUGCUGCUGGCCGCGCUGGCCGCCCUGGCGCUGGCCCGAGAGCCCCCGGCCGCGCCGUGCCCCGCGCGCUGCGACGUGUCCCGGUGCCCGAGCCCACGCUGCCCCGGCGGCUACGUGCCCGACCUGUGCAACUGCUGCCUGGUGUGCGCGGCCGGCGAGGGGGAGCCGUGCGGCCGGCCGCUGGACUCGCCCUGCGGGGAGAGCCUGGAGUGCGCGCGGGGCGUGUGCCGCUGCCGCUGGGCGCACGCCGUGUGCGGCACCGACGGGCACACCUACGCCAACGUGUGUGCGCUGCAGGCGGCCAGCCGGCGCGCGCUGGAGCUCUCGGGGACGCCGGUGCGCCAGCUGCAGAAGGGCGCCUGCCCAUCGGGUCUCCACCAGCUGACCAGCCCGCGGUACAAGUUCAACUUCAUCGCGGAUGUGGUGGAGAAGAUCGCGCCAGCCGUGGUCCACAUAGAGCUCUUCUUGAGACACCCGCUGUUUGGCCGUAACGUGCCCCUGUCCAGCGGCUCGGGCUUCAUCAUGUCAGAGGCUGGCCUGAUCGUCACCAACGCUCACGUGGUGUCCAGCACCAACGCCGUCUCAGGCCGGCAGCAGCUCAAGGUGCAGCUGCAGAAUGGUGACACCUAUGAGGCCACCAUCAAGGACAUCGACAAGAAGUCGGACAUCGCCACCAUCAAGAUCCACCCCAAAAAAAAGCUGCCGGCGCUGCUGCUGGGACGCUCGGCAGACCUGCGGCCCGGCGAGUUUGUGGUGGCCAUCGGCAGCCCCUUCGCCCUACAGAACACGGUGACCACGGGCAUCGUCAGUACGGCCCAGCGGGACGGCAAGGAGCUGGGCCUCCGGGACUCGGACAUGGACUACAUCCAGACGGAUGCCAUCAUCAACUACGGGAACUCCGGGGGACCCCUGGUGAACCUGGACGGCGAGGUCAUCGGCAUCAACACGCUUAAGGUGGCAGCCGGCAUCUCCUUCGCCAUCCCCUCGGACCGCAUCACGCGCUUCCUCACGGAGUUCCAGGACAAGCACGUCAAAGACUGGAAGAAGCGUUUCAUUGGCAUACGGAUGCGGACCAUCACACCUAGUUUGGUGGAAGAACUAAAGGCCAGCAAUCCAGACUUCCCAUCAGUCAGCAGUGGAAUUUAUGUGCAAGAGGUUGUUCCAAACUCACCUUCUCAGAGAGGGGGCAUCCAAGAUGGCGACAUCAUCGUCAAGGUCAACGGGCGCCCUCUGGCGGACUCAAGUGAGCUGCAGGAGGCUGUCCUGACGGAGUCCCCUCUGCUGCUGGAGGUGCGGCGGGGGAAUGAUGACAUCCUGUUCAGCAUCUCUCCGGAGGUGGUUCUGUGAGGGUGGGGCCCCCUCCCCACAUUGCCGAGUGCCAGAGCCUGCAGCCUGGGACGGGUGCCAGCUGAGAGGUCCCAUCCAGAGCCACGGCCUCCCACGGGGUCAGGACGAAGGACCACAGACGGUCCUCAGCAGAGCCAGUGGCCUCCUCCUGGCCGUCCAGGGCCAGAGCCGCAGGCAGGGCUUGGCCAGGGACCCACCUCAGCCUCAGGAAGGUUGACUUCUAUGUGAUCGUGCCAUGGGGACAGCUGGAUGCCUCCCUUGUACAGAUGCUCCUGAAGGCCACCUUCCAAGUGCCCAGGAUAUCCAGAACACUCCUCUGGAGUUCCCUCACAGCUCCCACCCUCCCUUCUACGCCCCUGCCUUUACACCUGUCCAACUCUGUCUGAAUGCCCAGGCUGCUCCUACCCCACCUCCCCUCCCACUCACCUGCUCAGGUCAGUUCCCGAGCCUGUCCUCCCCGAGAAAGGCCUCUCAUCCCCUGCACCAGACACCACAGUGUCCACCACAUUGAAUGACCCGGGCUGUUGCUCCGCCAGCCUGGAGGCCCUGGAGGGUGGCCGUGUCUGACUCCCUUUGGGAGUCAAGUGUGGGGACCUGGCCCAGAUUGGUCCCAAGGGUACCCUGGCUUCUCACCCAAGCCCUGUGGCUUCCCAGGCGGGAGAGAGCCUGGCCAGGAGCAGAGUGCCUGACACCCUCUGGAAGGCCACCUGUCUUCCUGAAGGUGCCCAUGGGGCAGGGGGCAGAGGAAGCCCCCUGACAGGGGGAGGGGUGACGAGGACUGAGCCAGCUUCGCCUCCCCUGUGCUGUUCAGCAAGGGGCGGUCGACUCCUGGAAUCACCCACCAGAGCGGCUGGGGAGCGCGCGUUAUGUGUCGAGGUGUAUUUGUGAGCUUCGCUGUACAGUGGAUUCCCCCGUAUGCUUGUACUGUAUGUUUCUCUACUGUAUGGAAAUUAAAGUUUACAAGCACAUGG